AUGGACAUGGUGGACAUUUAUGUGAGUCCAGACGACAUAGACAUCGACCAUGCUCCGGCCGAGGAGAAAGUCAACCCGCAUCGGGUGGUAUGGCUGAAAUGCAAAGCAAAAGCAGAAAAAGCUCUCAAUCUCAUGAAACAUGGGCGAGAAAAAGAAGAGACAACCAGUUCGAGCCGUGACAACAUGAACGCAUUGAUGAAAGCACCGCUUGUGCCUGAACAAGACACCAGACGCCCACCAAAUAACCAUUUUAUAAAGAUGGAUAAUGACAUACUAAGGACACCAUCCCUUGACUCCUUCGGGCAGACCACAGUGAAUAUACAUGCUCCUACGGUGGAACAACUCGACCUUCACGACAGGGAUCCUACAGAUAUGAACAAACAUGUCAGGAUCUGGUUCGAGGAGGUACUAGCCGAGCCAGAAGGAAUGCACAGUUUUGACAGAGUGUGGCGUGCCAGCUACGUCACCUUCACGACGGUCAAGUUUUGGUGUUACCGUUUCUGUACGCUGCUCUGUGGCGUCCCCUUCGCACUCUGCUUUGGAGUGUACUUUGCGUGUCUCACGUUCCUACACGUGUGGUAUGUGGUUCCGUGCAUCAAAUCGUGCCUGAUUGUCCUACACUGGGCCAGAAAAAUGUGGACGAUAUGCGUCCGGACAUUCUGCGAUCCUUGCUGCGAGUCAUUCGGGAAGAUCUUCUCUAACAUUCAACUUACGAACUAUCGCCAGUGAUCUGCCGAGGCAUUCAUUAUACUUCAAUCAUGGCACAAUAUGCAAUAUUGUAAUGGACUUUCGCCCAUGGUUUAAGCAUGCCGCUUUUUGGCACGUCGUGUCGAGCAUCCAAACGCCUUGUACACACACGAUGCCUGGCUACUUCGAAUCUUCUUUCAGUCAUAUGUAUAUUAUAUCAAUAUAGUGCGAAGGGAAAUGCAUAACGAGAACGUCAACAUGUCAUCCACAGCAAUGCGGUUGUUUCACUUCGUUUAUCAGAGACGUGCAAUAUUAUUGUAAAGGACUUUCAGCCAUGGUUUUAGAAUGCCGCUUUUUGGCACGUCGCGUUUGAGAAUCCAACCGCCAUGAUAGACCUACAUCACAGGAGCCUGGCUACUUCGAAUCUUCUGUGUCCACUGUCUUUAACGUGUAAACGCCACCACGUCGCCUAAAAUGCGCACUUCACUGAAAUAAACGCACAGUACAAUGCAUUGCCCACCAGUAUGGCGGUUUGAAGAUUUUCUGAUGAUGACUUCAGGUGGAUUAGGUCAAUAGCCACUGCUAAAGCUGUUGAUUCGAACACGACACGAGACACACAUGGAUUCUAGUUAAUGCGAAUAUUAUUAUUAUUAUUAUUAUACUCGGUCUUAAAAAUAAUUUUAUAAAUCUGUAAAUACUACCUGAUUUUCUGAUUUUCACUUCUUAUCUUUAUAAAAUGCAACGCACACAAUAUAAAGUGAGUUCUUAAAGGUACGUAUAAAAUACAUCUUUGGAUUUUUAUGAGAGUUGCAACUUAUUUUCUACUCUUUAGUUCCCCUAUAAACACAACAUUAUGGUACUCAACUUUGAAAACAAAAACCGAAAAGAGUUUAACAUGAUGAGGUGCACGUUGUCAUUGCACGUGGGCUUGUUUCGAUAGCUCGAACAAGCGACGACGACAAUGGGGGUUUGACUGCCCAUGCACCUUUCAUUUUUGUCCAGAGACAAAACAAACCUGAUGUGGCAAGGUGGAUACCAAUAUAUAUGAUC